GCUGUCAGUCCGUCAAUCUGGCAUUGCAGUGCGGAUGAGCCGGAUACGCCAACUUUAAGCAAUAUAGCUGACAAAAUUCACACCGAAUUCAGACUCGGACACGUUCCGCACUCGGAAUACUGGCUGCGCCUAAAAAUAAACACCUUUUCGGGGCAGACAAACGACGAAGAAAGAAAGUGGGAGUGGGAUUUUGCUUGAGACAUAUUUGAAGGGUUGUUGGCUUAGCCUGACUGGGCGAGUUAGCAUGCUAACGGAGCAGCGCCGCAGUGGAUGUCUCGUCUCCACCCGCUCUUUCUCUUCAAAUUAAACUGACGUCGCUCAAAUUACAUUUUAUUCUUCAUUUUCAGUGGUAUCGGUCAGUAUUUGGUUUGUUUUUUCUUUAAGCGAAGUGUUAGAAAAGCUCCCGAGGGGAGAUUGACUUGGCAGGCUAGCUAGUUAGCAAGUAAGGAGGGCUUACUAAUGAAGUCUUAAGGAGCUUUUGCAGUUUACGGACGAGAACUUACAAAUAAUACGGCUUUUUGCUCUGAACUUUAAUGUUAUAUGUAACAGCAGACUUUUUGUAGCACAUUUGGCGAGAUAUUCAUCUGUCUAGCGAUCUAAUAGUUGAGUUGGUACAGCUAGCUGACUGCGGUUAGCUAACUGAACGUUAUGCCAAAUUAUAUUUUACUAAGACAGUUAGGACCCCACUAGCUUAAUUAAAACACUUGUCACUGUGUGAUAGUUAAUUUAUUGUUAUACAACAAACAAUGGCCUCGGCUGGUAACACUGUCUCAUCGUUUGCGAGCAAAACAAAAACGAAGAAGAAACACUUCGUGUGUCAAAAAGUGAAGCUGUUUCGUGCCAGCGACCCUCUCCUCAGUGUUCUCAUGUGGGGAAUAAACCAUUCGAUAAACGAGUUGAGCCAUGUUCAGAUCCCCAUCAUGCUUAUGCCUGAUGACUUCAAAGCCUACUCGAAGAUUAAGGUGGACAACCACCUUUUCAACAAAGAGAAUAUGCCAAGCCAUUUUAAGUUUAAAGAGUAUUGCCCUCUUGUUUUCCGUAAUUUGAGAGAGAGGUUCAGCAUCGAUGACCAGGACUUCCAGAACUCUUUGACCCGCAGCGCGCCCCUCGUCAGUGAAGCUCAGGGCCGUAGUGGUGCUCGCUUCCACACCUCCUACGACAAGAGGUACGUCAUCAAAACCAUAAGCAGCGAGGACGUGGCUGAGAUGCACAACAUCCUCAAAAAGUACCACCAGUAUAUUGUGGAAUGUCAUGGUACCACACUGCUGCCACAGUUUCUAGGCAUGUACCGCCUCACUGUAGAUGGAGAUGAAACUUAUAUGAUAGUCACACGCAACGUUUUCAGUCACCGGUUGUCUGUGUAUAAGAAAUAUGACCUGAAGGGAUCUACUGUUGCCAGAGAGGCAAGUGACAAAGAAAAGGCUAAAGAACUCCCCACGUUCAAAGAUAAUGACUUCAUCAACGAUGGACAGAAAAUAUACAUCGAUGAAGAGAGUAAGAAAACCUUCCUCGAUAAGCUACGAAAGGACGUGGAGUUCCUUGCAUUGCUAAAGCUAAUGGACUACAGUCUUCUGGUUGGGAUCCAUGAUGUGGAAAGGGCAGAACAAGAGGAGGUGGAGAGUGAAGAUAAUGAAGGAGAAGAGGAAGGAGAGAGUGAUGGAGGCAUUAUCGGCACUCCUCCUGACAGUCCCAGUAACACUCUGGACAGCGCUAAACCACUCUUGCCGGGAGACUUCGACCCCAGUAUUGACGUCUAUGCCAUCAAAAGCCAUGACAAUUCUCCCAGAAAGGAGGUCUAUUUUAUGGCUGUUAUUGACAUCCUGCAGCAUUAUGAUGCCAAGAAAAAGGCCGCUCAUGCAGCCAAGACAGUAAAGCAUGGGGCUGGGGCAGAGAUUUCCACCGUGAACCCAGAGCAGUACUCCAAGAGAUUCUAUGAUUUCAUCACUACCAUUCUGCCCUAGUCCGAGGCAGCUGAGUCCACAGGGAUGAAGAGGGACGCCUGCAGAGGGGUGUUGAACACUCACUCGCCCGCUCUGCCACAGGGGGGCACCCCUACAGCAGCUACAACAACCAUUCGUUUACAUUUAUUCGUCUUUCUGUUUUGUGGGACCAUGAGGGAGUGAUGGAAAAGGACAACAGUUAUAACUUUUUUUGGGGGGAUAGGGCUUUUUACUGCUUUCUUAUGCAUGCCCCUUAAUCUUGUUUGUUCCAUUUGACAUUUUUCUUGCCUUUUAAAGUGGAAGAGGACGGAGAGAGGAAAGAGAGCUCAUGUGCUGGUCUGUGGCUCAGUUAGUAGAAUUAGGUCUCUGAAAAAAGGAGGCCGAAACACAACUUCUCAAUCGUUCUCUUACUGAAUCAUUCAUCAAAUCCCUAGCUGAACUCACUUCACGCAACCCUUGACUGCCCGCUCUGCUUUACUCCACCGGGGUCAACGGCUUCACGGAAAGGCACCUGAAGCACUUGACACCACGGCACCUGCUAACUCUCCUUACUCGCGCGAGCCUCUUCAUUCUCUGGGCAGACUAACCAGAAACGCUCUUUGAGCCAUUUACAAAAGGAGGACCCUAACUUGCCUUGUGUGGACAGACAGCUGAAUUUGACUGUUUUGCAGGUUCCUUCAGUGUUCUGAGGCAAACGCGUUUGAAACGGUGGCGAAGGUUCCGGUAGGUCUUUUUUUUAUUUUUUUUUUUAGUUUUGUUUUGCAGCAACUUGACUGGAGGGAGAAUGAAGACACUGAAGCAGCAGGAUCAGUGGUUUCUCUUCGGUCAUCAGUGAAUUCUGUUACAUUAGUGAUUCAGUUGCCAUCAGCACCUUAAACUGUUGCACUUUUUAUUAGGUUCACUCGGUCUGUUACAAGCUGCAACGAUAGCACUAUGAGGCACUGUUCAACGCAGACUUGCCGUUUCAUGGGUUCUCACGCAUACGCUUGUUCUCAACAGACAAAACAUAGUUUACCUCUUGCAUCGUACCAGGACACACCGAUUUGUGUUGUUUCAGUAUUCCAUGGAGGUUUGGGGAAGGGGUGCUUUGUUGUAUUCUUUUUUCUUAUUCAUUUUAAAACAUGAAAUUGUGUAUACGUCUCGUGCGUUUUGUUCGAAAUUCUUUUGAACGUUCAAAUUGGCAGCAAAAUAGAUAAAAUGUUGUAUAUUUUGCACAUGAUGAAUGGAACCAAAAUGUUCACGGAAUCCUGUUGGUUCAGCAGUGGUAUUUACAAGGGAAACAUAAUACCUGUAACAGAGGAGAAUACUUUUGUAAAUGGCAUUGAAUUAGAUGCAGGUAAUAUGACUUAGAGAUUAACAUUUGUUCAACUUUUCUAAUUCAAAAAAGCCGCCUUGUCCUAUGUUGUUUAGACUUUUUGAUCACUUGCACAUAUUUUUUUUCAUUGAAUAUUAAUCCACCAGAAUUGUAAAGCACCACUCCGUGAUUCGGUAAAAGCGUUCUGAUAAAUGAAGAAUGUUACUGUUUUAAAUCAUACAACACAAGUACUGUGUAAAAAAGAAAGGAAAAAAGAUGCAUGUUGCAUUAUUUUUAGUGUUCAGUCUGGUUUAGUCCAGAGAUGGUGUAUAUUCCAUGCUUGGUCAUAUUUUUAUUUAAUUUUUUUCCCCCUUGCCCUAAACCCCCAUCCCCCACCCCAGGUCUGUUUUUUAAGAUGGUCCCAUACCUGCUUUAUAUACUGUGUUUUCAAUGUAUACACUGUGCAAGAGUCGUGCCUUUUUACUCCAAAUUAUUUAAUUCCUUAUUUUUUUAUCUUUUUUUCUCCCCUCUAAAAUAAUAUUUUCUAAUAGGGUGGUUGUUGGAAAAAAAAUUUUUUUAAGUGUUUUGAUGUUUCAAAAUGUGCUGUUGCUUCAAACCGAUAGAAGACACUGCAUUUUCUGUUCACAACAACACAACACAAAAGGUCACAAUUUCUCCUUGACUGGCUAAUUCUAUGUGCAAAGCCUUUUGGACAAGAGUGUGCAUUGUGAAUUUGUUGAUAUGAGUAGGUGUGGCUCUUGUUAUAGUGUUAAUUGUAAAUUGUGUUCAGGCUUUCUCCAAGCAUUUUUAUCUGGAAGUAUUAUCCGGCACCAAUGUUACAGCGUCCUUGGUUAGUGUUUCAUUUUCUUAAUAAACUGAGCGCUGCUUGUGCCCUUGGGAAACCGUUGCACAAUGGGAAAAUAAGCAUUUUUUUAUUGUUCUCAUUGGGAUGAAAACACACCCUGGUCUUAUUGGUUGUAAUAUUCACAACAACAAAAACAGCACCAUGGGCAUGACAAAAGAGGCUGUUUUAGCGGCAGACUUUGAUAGUGUCAUCAGAGCAUCGCUUCAGCUUCUGAUACUGGAUUCACACGCAUCUUUAUAUAUAUAUAUAUGUGAAUUUCACUAAAUGUGAAAAGUGCUACAGUAAGAUACAGCUCACUUCACGCCUUCUUAAAAAAAGCCCUCCACCAUGUUCUUCAUUUGCCAAAAGCAUUUUUUUGCUCAAUGUGUUCAUUGAUGGAUAACUCAUCACAUAAGCUUUGGGGGGAAAAUAUAAUGUACUUUUAGCAAUUCGAUUUUUAUUUUCUAAGCAUUUAUGAAUGCCGCGAACGGAUGGAUUUUAUUGGGAUAUGCAGGUUUACACGCUUACUGAAA